CUGUACGCCUUGACGCCUUGUGCAAGUCUGCAAGAGCUGCUCAGCUACCCGAGCGUGCCCAGUCGUUGCCAAUGGAUAACGGCUCAUCCUCCUCCUCCUCCUCACCGCUGCACGUCGUGAUCUGCCCGUGGCUCGCCUUCGGCCACCAGCUCCCCUGCCUCGACCUCGCCGAGCGCCUGGCGCUGCGGGGCCACCGCGUGUCUUUCGUCUCCACGCCGCGCAUCAUCGCGCGUCUCCCGCCGGUCAGACCCGUCGCGGCGUCCCUCGUCGACUUGGUGGCUCUGCCUCUCCCGCGCGUCGACGGACUCCCCGAAGGCGCCGAGUCCACCAACGACGUCCCCUACGAGAAGUUCGAGCUCCACCGGAAGGCCUUCGACGGCCUCGCCGUGCCAUUCUCCGAGUUCUUGAGAGCCGCGUGCGCCGAGGAAGGCAAGAAGCCCGACUGGAUCAUCGUCGACACCUUUCAUCAUUGGGCCGCCGCUGCCGCCAUAGAACACAAGGUUCCAUGCGCCAUGCUUAUGCUCGGCGCCGCAGGCCUGAUUGUCGCCUGGGCCACCCAACCGUCCAAACACGUCACGUCCGAGCAACAAGAGCAAUCGGCGGCAGAACCGCCAAGGUUCGAGACGGAAAGGAGAAAACUCGCGACCACCCAGCGGGCUUCGGGGAUGUCCAUCGCCGAGCGGUGCUCCGUAACGUUAGAGAGGUGCAAUCUUGUGGCCAUGCGGAGCUGCCUGGAAUGGGAGCCGGAGAGCAUCCCUCUGGCCACGACCAUCGGGGGCAAGCAACUUGUCCCCCUUGGUCUCUUGCCGCCGUCACCCGAGGGAGGCCGUGGCGUCAGCAAGGAGGACGCCACCGUGCGUUGGCUCGACGCACAGCCGACCAAGUCAGUGGUGUAUGUCGCGCUAGGAUCCGAGGUCCCACUGGGCGCCAAGGAAGUUCACGAGCUGGCCCUUGGCCUGGAGCUCGCCGGGACACGCUUCCUCUGGUCUCUGCGGAAGCCCAGCGGCGUCUCUGAUGCAGACAUCCUCCCUUCGGGGUUUGAGGAGCGGACGCGCGGCCGUGGGCUUGUGACGAUGGGCUGGGUUCCCCAGAUCAGCGUACUGGCGCACGGUGCCGUGGGCGCAUUCCUGACGCACUGUGGAUGGAACUCGAUCAUCGAGGGGCUCCAAUUCGGGCAUCCUCUCGUCAUGUUGCCCAUCUUUGGUGACCAAGGGCCGAACGCGCGGAUGAUGGAGGGGAGAAAGGUCGGAGUGCAAGUGCCAAGAGACGAAUCCAAUGGAUCGUUCGACAGAGAAGGCGUCGCUACAACAGUUCGGGCCGUCGCGGUCGAGGAAGAAGGUAAUAGGAUUUUCACUGCCAAUGCCAAAAAGAUGCAAGAGAUCGUGGCGGACAAAGGAUGCCAUGACAAGUAUGUCGACAAAUUUAUUCAGAAGCUGAGAUCUUACAUGGAGUGAAGCAUUUUUGGGGCACCUGGACGAUCUUGUAUACACUGCCUGUCAUUCUUCUAUAAACUCUUUCAUUUCCUAGAAACUGAAAGUCAAUUUGAGGGUACUAUAAAAGUCCUAACUUCGGAAGGACAAUAUUCAAGAAAAUGAAUUCACAUUCAGUUUGAAUAUA